AUGCCCGCUAUCAUGCCUGAAAAGGUUUUGCUGCUCAAACCAGUUGUGAGAAUGAGCCGCGACAUCGUUUGUGCCACUGAAAACAAGAAUCGUAUUCUACUGACCCCAAAACAAAAAGAGAUGAAUUCUCUCACGAUAGCGAUGUUCGAUGCAUGUUUCAAUGAGCUGUACUUCGUCAUCAAGUCACAACCAUUCCCAUUCGACGGUCAGCCUCGCUUUGCCGAUGAGCUGAUGAAGAGAGACGCAAAAAUCACUGAAAUGUUGAAUAAGCGGGGUCUCGUCACGGCUAAGGUGUUUGAGACUGAUCAAAUUGUCUUCGAACAAUUGCUCGAUGACUUCCGCCGUGAGAUUGGAGUCCAAUAUAAGGAACUCUACAUGUUCAUGCUCUUGGUCGAGGAGACUCACGCCUUCCAAGGUCUCUGUGCCAUGUUCGAAGUAGAAGAGAUUAUCGAAGAUCUCACUGAUGCCGAGCGUCACGUGUGGAACUUCAUCAACCGUCGCUUCGAAUGGCUCAAUGGAGCUCCACAGCCAGAGUCUUGCUGGUUGUACAACGCUCUCACGUACUACAACGACGAAAAGUAUGUUAAGAACGAGUACAAGGACAUUCUCAUAGAGCGCUAUGGACCGGAGAACAUGAAUUAA